AUGGGCCAUUCUGUGUGGUAUUUAGAGAAUAGAGACAUGUGUAAAGUUAUUCCUACUUAUAUUGUAAAGAAAGAAAAGCCGGCUGUUGUUGUAGAGUCUAUAAUAGAAGUUGAUUUUGAUCUAACCUCGGGUCCUUCCGUUCCUAAUAAAGAUGAAGAAAUGACAGAGGAAGAAGAAAGUGCUUUUGCUUUUUCAUCUUUUCCGGAUAUUCGGUCAAUGGAAAUGGGCAAAGAGUCCUUCAUAUUUUAUCUCUCAAAUAAAGCAUACCACGUCUUUUUCAUACAAGAAGCAGACAAAAGCAAAUCAAGAGGGUGCACUCAAAAGAGUAUUGUAGUCCAGUGCAGUAAGUACACACCUGCCCUACCACUCAUUCUGUCUGAUGCGCUCACUAGAGCAAGUGAAUACAUGCCAGAAAAAGUUUUGAAUCUUCUUUGGAAUACAGAACUUCCCACUCAAACAGAAACCAUUCGGCUACUUCAUAAUCGCAUUUCGCCCGAAAUACAAAAGCUAUUCAAUCAGAACAAAAAUACAAUUAUAGAAAACCUCAUGCGAUCAAAAGGGUUUUUAGUUAUCGCUAGAACCCCCACCGAAUCAUCAGUAAUUGUCUGCUACCUCUCUAUGUUUGGAGGAGUUAAAUAUGGCGGUGACAUACUUCCAUACCGGUCAUCCUUUGUCCAAAAUAAAAUACCUAAUCACUCUAUUGUUGGAGUGACUAACGAGUACCAUUACAAGUCCAACCAGUUUGACAAUGCAAUAGAUGCCAUUAAUGGCCGAUAUUAUUAUAAAGAGAAAAAAUGCAACGAUAACUUAGAAAAACUGUUUAAGGAAUUAGAAGAGUACUUUUUAGAGUGCCCAGAAGGAUUCCAGACAGAAAAGUGGUUACAACGCCUCUCUGACCUAGGCGCAAGCAUAAAAGCAAGACGAGUAUUUAGAGAAUUUUUUAGCAGCACAGGAUUUACAGAAUGGUUGUUAGCGCAUGGAUACAAAUCAGUGCAGGCAAAUAAAUAACAAUAUAGUGCAUACAAGCACACAAAUGUGUAGUUUGGUGCAGCUUACAUCUAUAUUUGAAUAAAGAGCGUCUAAUAAUAUACAUUAAAGUAAAUUAACAGCGCAUUGCUUGAGAUAGGCUGCAUGCCUCUUCAGAUUCCAAAACUCUGCUGAAAUUCAGUUAGACUAGGUGUAUAUAACAGUAAAGCAACUAAGAAACUAUUCUAAAAUAUUUCAAACUAUUUUUUGCAUAAUUAACUGCUUCACC